GCCGGAGCCACCGAGGACGCCGCCGGGUCCCCAGCGCCUCCGCAGCCUCCUCCGCGCCGCCCAGCGCUCCUGCCUGCCCCGGACGGCCGUCAGCGCCGUGGCCGGUCCGUGGUCGGCGGGUGGGCAGCCGGCGCCAUGGCCGCGCCAGAGCCGCUGCGGCCGCGCCUGUGCCACCUGGUGCGCGGCGAGCAGGGCUACGGCUUCCACCUGCACGGCGAGAAGGGCCGCCGCGGGCAGUUCAUCCGGCGCGUGGAGCCGGGCUCCCCAGCCGAGGCGGCCGCGCUGCGCGCCGGAGACCGCCUGGUCGAGGUCAACGGCGUCAACGUGGAGGGCGAGACGCACCACCAGGUGGUGCAGAGGAUCAAGGCUGUGGAAGGGCAGACUCAGCUGCUGGUGGUGGAUAAGGAGACGGAUGAGGAACUGCGGCGGCGGCGGCUGACCUGCACCCAGGAGAUGGCCCAGCGCGGGCUUCCACCUGCCCACGACCCCUGGGAGCCUAAGCCGGACUGGACACAUGCAGGUAGCCUCGGCUCUGAGGCUGGCCAGAAGGAUAUCAAUGGGCCCUCAAGGGAGCUGCGACCUAGGCUCUGCCACCUGCGAAAAGGCCCCCAGGGAUAUGGGUUUAACCUGCACAGUGACAAGUCCCGGCCAGGACAGUACAUCCGCUCCGUGGACCCAGGCUCACCCGCCGCCCACUCUGGCCUCCGAGCCCAGGACCGACUCAUCGAGGUGAAUGGGCAGAACGUGGAGGGGCUGCGCCAUGCGGAGGUAGUUGCCAGCAUCAAGGCGCGGGAAGACGAGGCCCAGCUGUUGGUGGUGGACCCAGAAACAGACGAGUACUUCAAGCGGCUUCGGGUCACACCCACGGAGCAGCAUGUGGAAGGUCCACUGCCAUCCCCAGUCACCAACGGGACCAGCCGUGCCCAGCUCAAUGGUGGCUCAGCGUGUUCAUCCCGAAGCGACCUGCCUGGCUUAGACAAGAACAAUGAGGAUGGCAGCACCUGGAAGCGAGACCCCUUUCAGGAGAGUGGCCUCCACCUGAGCCCCACAGCAGCCGAGGCCAAGGAGAAGGCAAGAGCCACCCGGGUCAACAAGCGGGCGCCACAGAUGGACUGGAACCGGAAGCGUGAGAUUUUCAGCAACUUCUGAGCCCCUCCCUGCCUGUUUGCUGGACCUUGGGCCUCGCCCCUCAGGCCCAGCCCAGAGCUCCCCAAACCUCAGUGGACUGGAGGGGAUGCAUCCUCAGCCCCAGAAGCAGUGGUGUCCCACCACCACCCAGAAACCAAUCCAUCCACGCCCCAGUGAGUCCCUGACCUGCUCCCCUACUGGUGGGGUUUGGGGGAGUGUGGCAGCAAGACUGGGGAGAGGGAGCCCCUGAUAUGAGAGAGAGGGGGGAGAAGGAGCCCCCCCAGAUGUGAAAGAGAGGCAGCGGUGACCCACGGGGCCAGGCCUUUGCUUCUCUGCCUGGGCCUGCUGACUUAAAGGAAUUUGUGGUUUUGCUUUUUCUCCAAAAAAGAGCUCCAGCUCUGCACAUGUUUCCACUUAAUACCAGAGCCCCCGCCCCCCUAAGGACGUGCUCUCUAAAUAAUUGCAAUAAAACAAACCUUUCUCUGCAAACCAUUUCCUCCCCACCCCCUCCCCCUGAGCUGCAGCCACCCCUGAUAGGAGUCUCAGGGACUUCCUGGGACAGAGUGGGGGGAGGGCCCAGGCCGUGUUUCUGGGAGCUUCAGGUGAGGCUAGGGAGGCCAGAUGUGGCCCAGGAGCUUCCCCUACCCCAUCUUUGCCCUUUCUGGUGUGUGUGUGUGUGUGUAUGGGUGGGGGGCGGUUCUUUAGGCCAGGCCCCCUGUGGCCCCUCCACACCAGGAGUCUAGAUGAAGGGCCUGAGCUCUCUAAGGGGCCAGAGGAUGGAGGACCCCCUGCCUCUAAAGAGGGUAGCCUCUGGACAGGCCCCUUGAUCCUGUGCCACAGCCCCCAGGCCUGGGGAAUGUGGCUGUGUGAGAACGUCCCCCAGCGGGGACUGCAGGCUUUGGGCUCAGCCACUGCCUGGAGCCCUCCCCCGGAAGACUCUACCAACUCUGUCCUAAAUCCCACCGAUGUUGCUGUCUGCCCUGUAAGCCAUAGCGCAUGCGCGCCCUUGGAAUAAACAGGCCUUCCUCAGA